GUAUCUCGGUCGUUUUCUUCGGUUCGUAAAAAUGUCCAAGUUGUUCCGGUGAAACUAAGAGAAAGGCUUCGAAAAUGCGAGGAAAGUUCCAAACCUCGACUGGCUACGAGGACGAAGGCGAGAUGAAUUCUCGAGGGAAAGGAAGAAAACCUGAGAGACACAAAAAGCGGAGGAAAGAUCCGGGAAUGAUGUUCACCUCCACCUUAGACCUCUACAAUCGUCCCCUAAAAUGGUGGGAAACCGAGCCAGUAAAAUACGCUCCGAGUUAUCCGGCUGUAAGAGCGAGGCUGGAAAUGCUGAUGGGAAGCAACGUAGUUCGCCUAACUGACAGGAAAUACAUGCUCCAUCUUAUGGCAAGGAUCAGACAGGAUUAUGAAAGACAACAGCAGAUCCGUGUCGAAGAGAGGAAGAAAUGCGAACUGAUGCGCACCAAGAAGAUGAUCCUGAAUCGAUUGAUACCGGUACAAGAAGCUCCACCGGAAAUAAAAAAGUACCCGCUUUUCCAACUGUACCUUUAUUGCGACGCCAUAAUAGAGGAAAGACGUCGAAAGCGUCAACCGAAGAAGACAAAGAUAACGAAGUCUCUGUACAAUUUACUGUACCCCGAAGAAAAGGACGAAGAAGGGGAGGAAGAAGACAAGGACGAGGAGAUUUACAUGAGGAAGGUCUACGUGAACGGAGAGCCACAAUUGAUUCCGAUGAGUCCGCAGGAAGUCGCGGACUUGAAGAAAACGCAAGAAACGAAAGAUAUCGACGACGGAUAUACUCUUUCGCCCGAAGAAUAUGAUAGACUUCGCUACGAAACGGACUCUGUCAAGGAAUUGAGAGAAUGUCAUACGGUGGAGGACAUGUACGUGAAGGCACAUGAAAUUGUGGGAAUAUUGUAUUCAUAUGCGGACGAGGGUCGCUAUAAAAUAGCCGACAAAGACUCCGUGAAAACCGGCGAUCAGAAAAACGCCCCCGAAACUUCGAAUCAGGCAGAAACUGGGAAUUAACGUUAAAAAAGUCGAAAACAAAGCGUAAAUGUAAA